AUGGGAUGCUGUAUGAACUGGAUUCUGCUCUUGGUUCUGUGUGUCCUGCUGCCGGUCCACACACGGGCUGGCAGGCAGAUGCCCAAACUGUCCAACAAGAAGAAGUGCGCUGAUGAAGACUGCAGUCAUCCCAUCCUCAUCGCUAGAGCUUUGCAGGAUUAUUAUCCCCAGGACUGUCGCUUUAUUCCCAUCCAACAAGGCCAGCUCGUCUACGUCUACGCUAUGCUGAAGGACCAGGGCAACCUCUUUUGGGCUGGCAGUGUCCAGGGGUCGUACUAUAGUGAUCAGGAGGCCCGGAUUGGACAUUUUCCCAGCAGCGUUGUUGAAGAGACCCAUGCUUUAAUGCCUGCAGAGGUCGAGGUCAAAACAACCAAAUGGGAUUUUUACUGUCACUGAGACGCCGACAUCUUUCAAAGACUGGAUUCUGUGG